GACGCACACACCUAUUUCUGGGCUUCUCUCCGAUUCUACUUUUAGCUUUUUGAUCCAGGGAGCGUUUCUUGACACUCGGGGGAGAGGAAAACGGGGAGGGGCAGAAGUGACAGGAGGAGGAGGAGGAGGAGAAAACAGAUGAUAAUUGUGUUAGUUCUGGACUACGGUAUGGAAGAACCCUCCUGGACCAAACAAGCUGGUUUAUUCGUGCAAAUAAAUGCUUGGCUACAUGAAAUGACAACCGGACACGCUUAAUAGGAAGGAAGCCUCGUUUCCAGCUGUCCUUGUGUGCAGGUCAGGUUGUCAGAGGAAUCCCUAAAGUCAGAUGGGUCAGGCACUGUGGAGGCUGCCUCCCAGACAACAGCAGCAGCUUCAGGAAGAGCUCGCCGACCGCCUGGCUGAGCGAGGAGGCCGAGAGCAAGUGCGCGAUGGAGGAGCCCAGAGAAGAGCCCCCCAGCAAUGCUACGGCCCCGACAUCUAUCAUCUGCUGAGGACACGCCGGGGAGGUAAAGACCAGCACGGCUUUAUAGACCUGGAGAUGCUGCCUCCAGAGCUGGGUAUCACCAUACUGUCCUACCUGAACGCCACCGACCUGUGCCUGGCCGGCUGCGUAUGGCAGGACCUGGGACACGACGAGUACCUCUGGCAGGGGCUCUGUAAGUCCACAUGGGGACACUGCUCCAUCUACAACAGGAGGCUCCCGGCCGGCUUCUCCUACAGGAGACUGUACCUGCAGCUGGACGAGGGCAGCCUCACCUUCAACGCUAACCCCCAGGAGGGCAUCAGCUACUUCAUGUCUAAAGGUAUCUUAGUGGAUCACCCCACGGAGCUGGCCAAGUUCAUUUUCUACACCCGGCGGCUCAACUGGAAGAUGCUGAGGAUUUACCUGGACGAGAGGCGGGACGUGUUGGAUGAGCUCGUCACCCUCCACAACUUCAGUAACCAGUUCCUGCCCAACGCCCUGAGGGAUUUCUUCAGACACAUCCACGCCCCCGAGGAGAGAGGAGAGUAUCUGGAGACGCUCAUCACCAAGUUCAGCCACAGGUUCUGCACCUGCAACCCGGGUCUGGUCCGAGACCUGGGCCUCAGUCCCGAUGCCGUGUACGUGCUGUGCUACAGUCUGAUCCUGCUCUCCAUCGACCUCACCAGCCCCCACGUCAAAAACAAAAUGUCCAAGAGGGAGUUUAUCAGGAACACUCGCAGGGCGGCGCACAACGUGUCCGACGACUUCGUGGGACACCUCUACGACAACAUAUACCUGAUUGGCCACGUGGCAGCGUAGUAGCUCCGCCCACGGGACGUCCUCACUGCACUGAAGGACAGGAGCAUAUAUACAUAUAUAAAUAUAUGUGUGUGUGUGUGUGUGUGUGUGUGUGUGUGUGUGGCUCAUUGCGGAAAUGGAUUUUGGACAAUUUUCGCUUCCUACAAGAGAAACAAAUACAAUAUGCCACUCCACUGUGAGAGGGAAACCUUUAAGACCAAGUCACUGCAACGAAGGAGGAGGAGGAGGAGGAGGUUUUAAAGGCAUGAAGACAAGCUCUGAUACUGCACUGACAAGGAGGAGGAGGAGGAGGAGGAGGAGGAGGAGGCCAGCAUGGAAGUCUGGCUGAAGCGACUUUAAAACACAAGAAUCACUCACUAGAAUAAUAAUGAUACGACACUAGAGCUACUCUGGAGCUACCCUGCGAAUCAGCUGAUCCACCCUCGCCCUCGGGAACCGUUUUAUUUUACUUUAUGAGUUGGUGGAACAAGAAAACAACAACAACAACAACAACACUGGGCCUCAGGCAACAACACGACACGGCGGCUUUUAAAUCUCCCUCGUCACAAGUUUUCAUCCUGAUGAGUAGAAUCACGUUAAAACAGUGAGACUCAGCUCUGUUCAGGUAAAAACUAUAAAACACGGCGACGCGAGGAGAUUCUUCAGGUUCUUUCAUGAGGUCCAGUCUCUGCACAUGUUAACCUCCUGAGACCCAUUAGAGAUGAAGUAGGGAACUCAGCCUACUGCUAUUUAUAAUUAUACGUCAUUAUUAUCAUUUUGCAUUCAAUAUUAAUCUGCACACAAAUAUAGUUUUUUUUUAUUUCAAACAUGUGCUACGGUGGGAAGACCUGUGACUUAAACCCAUUGUCCUCGUUAGUGGACACUUGUCGGUAAAGACAUGAUAUCGGGACGAGAAAGUGGACGAGGAAACACAACCCCAUCAAAUUCUGCGGUUAAAACUCAUUUGUUUAUCCUAAUUAACGUUUCUAGUUUGAUGCGACCCACAAAUUUAACACAUUUUAUCAAUAGCAACGAGCUACAACGUCGCUAAUUAACUCGUUUAAGGACGUUCAUUGUUCACAAUUCUGU